CAGGAAACACGCCAGUUGUUGUUCAGGAAGUGAACCGUAGUGUUUGCUAAGCAAAGAUGGCUAACUAUUCGAACCAUGCCAGGCAGCCCAUGAAAACGGGUUCUAAGUUGGCGAAUCGGGACUCGGGUGGAGCUGGACCCGCAAACAACAAUGCCCCAGUCCUUCCGCUGGCGUCCCCCCUAAUGGGGGGCCUAAACAAGAAGAAAAAACCCUUCUUGGGCAUGCCUGCACCACUGGGUUAUGUACCCGGGUUGGGAAGAGGAGCCACAGGCUUUACGACACGUUCCGAUAUCGGUCCUGCUCGCGAUGCCAAUGACCCGGUGGACGACCGCCAUGCUCCCCCAGGGAAGAGGACCGUGGGGGAUCAGAUGAAAAAGAAUGAGGAGGACGAAGAGGAUCUGAACGAUACCAACUAUGACGAGUUCAACGGCUACGCAGGAAGCUUGUUCUCCAGCGGACCCUAUGAGAAAGAUGAUGAAGAGGCCGACGCCAUCUAUGCAGCCCUGGAUAAGAGGAUGGAUGAGAGGCGCAAAGAGAGAAGGGAACUGAGAGAGAAGGACGAGAUUGAAAAAUACCGUAUGGAGAGGCCAAAAAUCCAACAGCAGUUUUCAGAUCUUAAGAGGAAGUUGUCCGAGGUGUCUGAGGAGGAGUGGCUCAGCAUCCCUGACGUUGGAGAUGCCAGAAACAAACGCCAGAGGAACCCGCGAUACGAGAAGCUCACGCCUGUGCCAGACAGCUUCUUCUCCAAACACCUGCAGGGUGGAGAGAAACACACCUCAGUGGAUCCCCUGCAAGGGCAAUUUGGCCUGAACGCACCGUUCCCGGGCGGCCUGAACAGUCCGUUCCCAGGGGGCAUGACUCCUGGCCUGAUGACCCCUGGCACAGGAGAGCUGGACAUGAGGAAGAUCGGACAGGCCAGGAACACCCUGAUGGACAUGAGGCUGAGUCAGGUGUCUGACUCAGUCAGUGGACAGACGGUUGUUGACCCCAAAGGCUACCUGACAGAUCUCAACUCCAUGAUCCCAACGCACGGUGGAGACAUCAGUGACAUAAAGAAAGCCCGUCUGCUGUUGAAGUCGGUGAGGGAAACCAACCCCCACCACCCUCCUGCCUGGAUCGCCUCCGCCCGUCUGGAGGAGGUGACGGGAAAGCUGCAGGUGGCCAGGAACCUUAUUAUGAAGGGCACAGAGAUGUGUCCCAAGAGUGAGGACGUGUGGUUGGAGGCGGCGCGUCUGCAGCCGGGAGACACGGCGAAGGCUGUGGUGGCUCAGGCGGUGCGUCACCUGCCCGGGUCCGUGCGCAUCUACAUCCGAGCCGCCGAGCUGGAGACCGACGUCAGGGCCAAGAAACGCGUCCUCAGGAAAGCUCUAGAGAAUGUCUCCAAGUCUGUGCGUCUGUGGAAGACUGCGGUGGAGUUGGAGGAGCCCGAGGAUGCGAGGAUCAUGCUCAGCAGAGCGGUGGAGUGCUGUCCCACCAGCGUAGAGCUGUGGUUGGCCCUGGCACGACUGGAGACGUACGAGAACGCCCGGCGCGUGCUCAACAAGGCCCGCGAGAACAUCCCCACCGACCGGCACAUCUGGAUCACAGCCGCCAAGCUGGAGGAGGCCAACGGCAACACGCAGAUGGUGGAGAAGAUCAUCGACAGAGCAAUCACGUCGCUACGCGCCAACGGCGUGGAGAUCAACAGAGAACAGUGGAUCCAGGAUGCAGAGGAGUGUGACAAGGCGGGCAGCGUGGCGACAUGCCAAGCCGUCAUCAGAGCCGUGAUCGGCAUCGGCAUCGAGGAGGAGGACUGCAAACACACAUGGAUGGAGGAUUCUGAGAGUUGUGUAUCCCAUGGGGCCCUGGAGUGUGCCCGUGCCAUCUACGCCCACGCCCUGCAGAUGUUCCCCAGCAAGAAGAGUGUGUGGCUGAGGGCCGCUUACUUUGAGAAGAACCACGGCACACGGGAGUCUCUGGAGGCGCUGCUCCAGAGGGCGGUGGCCCACUGCCCCAAGGCCGAAGUGCUGUGGCUGAUGGGAGCCAAGUCCAAGUGGCUGGCUGGAGAUGUGCCAGCAGCUAGAAGCAUCCUGGCGCUGGCCUUCCAGGCGAACCCCAACAGUGAGGAGAUCUGGCUGGCUGCCGUGAAGCUGGAGUCGGAGAACAACGAGUACGAGCGAGCCCGGAGACUGCUGGCUAAAGCCCGCAGCAGCGCCCCCACCGCCCGGGUGUUCAUGAAGUCGGUGAAGCUGGAGUGGGUGCUGGGCAACAUCGAGGCGGCGCAGGAGCUCUGCACGGAGGCCCUCAAGCACUACGAGGACUUCCCCAAGCUGUGGAUGAUGAGGGGCCAGAUCGAGGAGCAGUCGGAGAACACGGACAAGGCCCGGGAGGCCUACAACCAGGGGCUGAAGAAGUGUCCUCAUUCCAUGUCCCUGUGGCUCCUCCUCUCGCGGCUGGAGGAGCGGGUGGGUCAGCUGACUCGGGCCCGCGCCAUCCUGGAGAAGUCCCGCCUCAAGAACCCCCAGGCAGCAGAGCUGUGGUUGGAGUCGGUCAGACUGGAGUACAGAGCUGGACUGAAGAACAUCUCCAACACGCUCAUGGCCAAAGCCCUGCAGGAGUGCCCCAACUCAGGCAUCCUGUGGGCCGAGGCCAUAUUCCUGGAGGCCCGCCCCCAGCGCAAGACCAAGAGCGUCGACGCGCUCAAGAAAUGCGAGCACGACCCCCACGUUCUUCUGGCUGUGGCCAAAUUGUUUUGGAGCGAGCGUAAGAUAUCAAAGGCCAGAGAGUGGUUCCUGAGGACCGUAAAGAUUGAGCCUGAUCUGGGAGACGCUUGGGCCCUCUUCUACAAGUUUGAGACGUACCACGGAACAGAGGAGCAGCAGGAGGAGGUGAGGAAGCGAGCCGAGAACGCGGAGCCGCGGCACGGAGAGCUAUGGUGCGCCGACUCCAAACACGUGCUCCACUGGCAGAAGAAGAUCGGAGAGAUCCUCGCCUUGGUGUCCUCCAAGAUCAAGAACACCUUCUGAGUCUCUACCAGAUCACACCACGCACCGAAACAAACACGAGACCACACAAACAUCGAUUCAUGUGUGUGUUAGAUCCACAACAUUCAAUAUGUUACUUUAUUCCUGUCUGUUUUUUUUUUUUUUAGAUAGUUGGAUCAUGACCAACAAUAAGUGUGUCAAUGUUUUCUUUUUCUAGAAUUAUAAUUUGGUACUCCCAAGGCUUUUAAUCCAUCCACAUAGCUGGCUGGGCCUCAUUUGAACUAAUGACUACUUGCUCUUCCUUGAACUAUCAAGGUUCAUUGAUGUACUGGACAGAACGUUGUUGUUGUUGUGGGAAUGUGAUCUGAAAUUUUAGUUCUUGUUUUCCUUCUCCUUGAGGCUCCUGCAGAUUUUCCCUCCCUCCGUUUUCCAUAAUGCUUACACUUGUUCUGUAUACCGUGAAAAUGUCAAUAAAUUAAGGGGAGUAACCAAC